UCCGCUCCGCCGCUGCUCCCGGUGACCGGCGCCCUGCCCGCGCCUCUCCGACACUUUGUUGGCGGCGCGGAGCGGCGACCCCGCGCCCGCCCUGCCCGGAGCCCGGCGGCGGCGGGGAGCCCCGGGGCCCCGCGCGGAGCCCUGCGGCCGCGGCCCCCCCCCCCGCCCUGCGCCGGAGCUGCGCGGCGCGCCCGCGGCAGGAGGACGCCCGGGAAGUGAUUUGCCCUGUUGGGCAGCUGCCUUCUGAGUGACUCUGGAGACGUGCCAGCCAUCUGAGCUGAAUCAAGCAGUGGCAGGGACAGCAUCUACCCGGGCUGAAGUUUUAAUCCCAGGCACGUGGCAUUUGCACAAGUGGUCACUGGUGAGCUGUCGUUUCCCUCAGUAAGUGGCAAUAAGAAUGAAUGGACAUAUAUCAAACACUCCUCCCGGUGGAUAUGGAAGUUAUUUUCUUCAAAUGAAUGGCUAUGGUUCCCCAACGUUUGCUCAGACAGAGAGGGAACAGAAUUCAAGAACAAGUGCAAAAGCUCUUUAUGGAACAGAUGGACUUUACUUCUUCAGAUCAUCAUCCAAACAAAAAAAGAAAGAACAAAGGAAGAAUUAUGCACGAGACAGUGCCAGCAGCAUAUCUGAAACUUCGCAGUAUCAUGUAGAGCACUUGACCACCUUUGUUCUGGACCGAAAAGAGGCAAUGAUUACAGUAGAUGAUGGAAUAAGGAAGCUGAAAUUGCUGGAUGCCAAAGGCAAAGUCUGGACUCAAGACAUGAUUCUUCAAGUGGAUGACAAAGCUGUCAGUUUGGUGGACUUGGAAUCAAAGAAUGAACUGGAGAAUUUUCCUUUAAGCACAAUUCAGCAUUGCCAAGCUGUGAUGAAUGCAUGCAAUUACAAUUCGAUUCUUGCAUUAAUAUGUAAAGAACCGACCCAAGCCAAGCCCGAUUUGCAUCUUUUCCAGUGUGAUGAGAUUAAGGCUAGCUUUAUUCAUGAAGAUAUUGAAAGUGCAAUCAGUGACAGCAAAAGUGGAAAACAAAAGAAGAGGCUUGAAACACUGAGAAUGAUAUCCAAAGCUGACAGCGCCAUCCCACCACCACCACAGGCACCGGCCCCUGUGCCACCAGGGACCAUCACCCAAGUGGAUGUGAGAAGCCGUGUGGCAGCAUGGUCUGCAUGGGCUGCUGAGCAGGGGGAGUUUGAAAAACAUAGGCAAUACCAUGAUCAUGAAGAAACAGCAGAGAUGAUAGCAGCCAGGAUUGACAGAGAUGUUCAAAUUCUGAACCAUAUUUUGGAUGACAUUGAAUAUUUUGUUACCAAACUUCAAAAAGCUGCUGAAGCUUUUGCUGAACUUUCAAAGAGGAAGAAAACUAAGAAAAGUAAAAAGAAAGGACCUGGAGAGGGGGUUCUUACUCUCCGUGCAAAACCACCACCUCCAGAUGAAUUUGUUGACUGCUUCCAAAAAUUCAAACAUGGCUUCAAUCUUCUGGCCAAAUUAAAGUUCCAUAUCCAGAAUCCUAGUGCAGCUGAACUGGUUCAUUUUCUCUUUACCCCACUACAUAUGGUGGUACAGACAACAGGAGGGCCAGAGCUUGCUGGUACAGUUCUCAGUCCCCUCUUAACAAAAGAUACUAUAGACUUCCUGCGAUAUACUGUCACCAGUGAGGAAGGCCAAUUAUGGAUGUCAUUGGGUGACACAUGGACCAAAGCCAGAGCGGAUUGGCCCAAAGACCAUUUUAUUCCACCUUAUGUCCCCCGUUUCCGAAAUGGUUGGGAGCCUCCUUUGCUGAACUUCAUGGGAGCUCCAAAGGAGCAAGAACUCAAUCAUUUGGCUGAGUCUGUGGCAAAUGUUGCAGAGCAACAGCGGAAGCAAGAAAUGAAAAGGUUGUCAGCUGAGCCUCCCAGCGUUCCUGACUACCCUCCGUCCGAUGGGUAUGCAUUCAGUAACACAGUUUACAAAAGAGGGCCUCUGCUGGACCAGGGGGCGGCUGUUGCUGCCUUUAAGCAAACUGUUAGCCGACAUGUAGAUAGAAACUAUGAAGCACACAGUAAAGCACAUACCAAGAAAUAUGCCAAAUGCAAGUACGAAUUUAUGGCAAGAAACAACAGUGAACUUUCUGUCAUGAAGGAAGAGAUUGUAGAGAUUCUGGAUGACAGAAAGCAGUGGUGGAAGGUUCAGAAUAAAAGUGGCAGCACAGGUUUUGUGCCAAACAACAUUUUGGACCCUCUAAGGAAUCAAGAAGGUGGUCUAGGAUGGUCAGAACCUGCGUAUACCCGCACCAUCCAGAAACAAAGGAUGGACUAUGUUGCAAAACAACCCAGUCCAGUUCCUGCUACUCCUUCACCACCUCCAACACCUGCUCCCGUCCCUGUGGCUGUCCCCCUCCCUCCCAGUGCCCCAGCACCUAUACCGGUUCCCGUGCCCAAAGCGCCAUCAGCCAUCAGCCGCCAAAGCAGCACGUCUAGCGACAGUGGUGGUAGUGCAGUGCGAGACAGUCAGAAGCAGAAGCAAGUUCCUGUGGAUCGCAGGAAAUCACAGAUGGAGGAGGUGCAGGAUGAACUUGUUCACCGGCUCACCAUCGGCCGGAGCGCUGCCCAGAGGAAGUUCCAUGUGCCACGACCAAACAUCCCGGUAGUGAACAUCACUUACGACUCUUCACCUGAGGAUGUGAAGGCGUGGCUGCAGUCCAAAGGAUUCAAUCCUGUGACUGUCAACAGCCUUGGUGUGCUGACAGGUGCUCAGCUUUUCUCCCUCAAUAAAGAGGAACUGAAGACUGUUUGCCCAGAAGGGUCUAGAGUCUACAGCCAAAUUACGGUACAGAAAUCUGCUUUGGAGGCUAACAGUGGUAGUUCAGAAUUGCAAGAAAUUAUGAGAAGACGACAAGAAAAAAUCAGUGCAGCUGCCACAGAUUCAGGUGUGGAGUCCUUUGAUGAAGGAAGCAGCCACUAAAUGCGUUUUCCUCCUUUCUGUAAUUCCAUUGUCCAUAGCAUUAUACCAUCCAUCUUUGCUUUAGGAAGGAGUGAAGGGGAAUGUCUUACUAUAUUGUAAAUGUAACUAGCCACCAUAAAGAAAAUUUACAGUAGUCUCCACAGAAGUACCUGCUGCUUGCUUCUCAUCAUUACAAAUGAACGGAUGAGAAAUUCAAAGGAGGUUCCUGACAUGGGAAGAUAUUGGCACGUGAUUCAUUUACACCCAAAGAUGAGUCUUGGCUUUAUGGAAUUAACAUAACAGAUAAACGGCAACACAUCUUUGUGAUUCAUCUGAGGGAAGCUGAGCGAGCAAUAAAAAAGCAUUUGAACCCUUCAGUAAUAAUAAGAUUUUGAAUCCCUCCUCUUGCUGUAGUGUGCAAUUAUGUCUUUUUGACUCAGUCUUUCUUGUCAUGCAUUUGGCUGCAGGAUGUUUACUCGAGUUGUUGAUGCCAGCGAUCAGAGAGGAAAUGUUUAGGGAAUGAACAGCAGCCCAACAUAGACUGAAUCUUUCUUGCAUCGCUCCCAAGGUGUUUUAUUACUAAUGAUGCUGUUUAUAGCAAAAUAAUACUCUGUACAUUGAUUUUAUCAAUACUUCACCCUUGAACUAUAAUAUUGGACAAGAAGGAAUAACUAGCAAAUAAUAAUGCAACUCAGCUCAAACAGGUGAUCAGAUCUGCUGUAGGUAGCCAUGAAAUAAUUCACAGUACAUUUUUUUUUUUAAUAAACUUGCAUUUUUUUGUCUGUAACUUAACCUGUCAGAAGAACGGCGUAUAAUCUAGACUUCUCUGUGUGUUGAUCCCCAAUGUCAGUUUUUCCGUAUGUAAAAAAGCUAGUGUUCCUUUAUAAAUGUAAUCUUUUGGAAAAGUGAUUCCUGGAGGCAAAAGCGGGAGAAAAGAAAACAUCCCUUCCAGGAAAUAUUAUUUUUGAAGAUGCAAUGAUUUUUGUCACAAAAUGUUCUGUUCUUUCACAUGGUUGUGUGAUUUUAUAUAUAAUACAUGCAUUAUAUAUAAUAUCACUUAAUUUAGACAAAUUUAAUCAUCUAGUUUGAUUACGUUUCAUAGUGCCUUUCACAUGAAUCAGCUUAAAGUCUGCAAUAAACGGUAUUUCUUGUCUGUUAAAUAGUUGUAUCUUUGUAGCUACAAAGAUGGUAAUGAAAUAAGAAAGUGUUCUUGAUUUCUGCCAUUAGUUUACUCUUCCUCUGCGUACAAGGCAAAAAAGGAUCCUAUUCAUUUUUCAUAAAAAAAAAAAAAAAAAUCUUAAUAAAGGUGUUUAGUGCCAUUUAUUGAACAUGUCCUUACAAAUACUA